AUGGCUACCCCUAGCGUCCUCGUCUUUGAUGCUGAGGGUCGGGCUGUUGACUUUGAGGUCUGGGUCGAUGAUCUGCUGCUUUUCCUACAGUGCGAUAGGAAAGACGGUCUCUCCCUAUUCGAUCUCACGUCUGGCGCCUCUACUGCCCCUGCUGCCGAUGCUGACAGCACUGUUCGCUCCCAGUGGGCCACACGCGAUGCUGCUGCCCGUCUUGCUGUGCGCAGUCACUUGCCGUCCUCUGAGCGCGCGCACUUUAAUCAGUACAAGAGUGCUAAGACUCUGUACGACGCUGUCAUUGCACGCUACUCUUCCCCUGCCACUGUUGCUCUUAGCCGCCUCAUGCUGCCGUACCUGUUCCCUGACCUAGCCGCCUUUCCCACAGUCGCUGACCUCAUUACGCACCUUCGCACUAGUGACGCCCGCUACCGCGCUGCGCUUCCUGCUGAGUUCUGCGCCAAGAACCCACCCCCCAUGUACAUCACCCUCUACUACCUAGUCACCCGGCUCCCUGACUCCCUUCGCUCAGUCAGGGACCACUUCCUCUCGGUUUGCCCCACCACACUCACCGUUGACCUCCUCGAGGAGCGCCUCCUGGCAGCAGAGAAGAGUAUAGUUGCUGUAGGAGCCUCUCGUGGUGACCCUCGUGCCCCCUUCUUUGAGGGGUGCUCCCCCUCCCCCCUUUUGCCCUCUAUUGCCUCUGCUACUGCCGUCGACUUAGUUGGCACCGAGUCGGUCGGCGCUGCGUCUGCCCCUAGCGGGAGACGCCGCACCGGCAAGGGCAAGGGGGGCAAGGGCGCUGGAGGGGCUGGCGGGGGUGGUGGAGGUGGCGGUGGAGGCGGCGGAGGAAGUGGGGGUGGCGGUGGGAGUGGUGGCUGGGGUGGGCGCUUCGGUGGCGGCGGUGGAGGCGGAGGCGGCGGCGGCGGUGGCGGUGGCGGUGGGAGCGGAGGCGGUGGCGGUGGCGGCGGUGGCGGAGGUGGCGGCGGUGGAGGUGGAGCUGGUCGGGGUGGCUCUGCGCAGCGGGGCGGCUUCGGUGGUGGUCAGCGCCAGCAGCAGCAGCGCGCUCGUGAGACCCCGCCCCCCCAGCAGCUUCGUGAGUGGGCCUACACCAAGUGA